CUACAGCAGACCAAAUCCUCAUAUAGAAGUCAGGGGAAGUUCGAACUAGUUUGUCAUUCAGGUCUUGUCCCACUGAUGGACUGCAAGCGCGAGCUUAAGUGAAUGUUAAUAGCCGGCAUACCCCAUACAUCCCAUCGUAAAAUGAACAGCACAGUGUCUCCGUCCGUGUUGCCUCUGGACAACAGAAGUCUCUCUGAGUCCUGUACAGUGGAACCCCAACAUGUGUCCAUCACUGUUUUCCUCCUCCUGGUUGUCCUGGUUGGUUUCUUCCUCAACAGUUUCAGUCUGUGGGUCUUCUGCUGCCGUAUACCACAGUGGAGCUCUGGUACUGUCCUGCAGUUUCAUUUGGCUGUCAGUGACACUGUUAUCACACCAGUUGCACCAUUAAUGGCAACAUACUUUGUUAUGGGUAGCCAUUGGCCCUUUGGAGCUUUUCUGUGCAAGCUGAACAUUGCCUUGCUGAGCAUUCACUUCUAUGGCAGUAUCCUGUUCCUAACACUCAUCAGCAUUCAUCGAUACGUGGUAGUUGUCCAGUUUAAAAGGGGCUCCUGUAUGAAACGAAAGGCGUUUGUUCAGAAUCUGUGUGCUGGAGUCUGGCUGGUUUUGCUGGCUAAGGGAAUUGCCUGUUUCUUCUUAUUAAACACAAGCCCAAUGGGAAACCGCACACAAUGUCUCAGCAUUCAUCAGGAAAAAUACAUUGACAUCUACUUCGCCAUCAACUUCGUUAUGCUCAUCCCUGGGUUCCUGUUGCCUCUCUCAGUGGCAGUGACCUGCUAUGUUCAGCUAGCAAGAUCAAUGUCUCGUAUCAAUAUCAACAUGUCCAAGGGCCGUGAUAUAAAGGCCAAGUCACGUAAAAUGGUGGCAAUGUGUCUGGUGAUAUUUGCACUGUGCUUCACUCCUCUGAACGUGAUACGAACUGUGGCUGUCAUAUUAAAGAAGUACUUUCCAGAACAAUGCAGUCUUCUCCUGCAGGUGGAGACUGCAUACUAUAUCUCCUGGAUUUUGGCUGGAGCAAACUGCUGCUUGGACCCAUUGCUUUAUUGUUUUGGAUCACACAACUUUGUCAAGGCUAUUCAUAGGUCUCUCAGAAAAUUCGAUGUCAAGUUUAAAGAAGACCCAGCCACAAAUGACCAGAUCAUCUAUGAUACUGCUAUUGAUUCGCCCUCCAUUGACUUAGAAGACAUCCACACCCAGCAUUCGAACACGUCUUGAAUAAUGAACCU